GACAGUCGCCGCCAGGUGACGAAACACAAGACUUUGAAAUUUUGCCCGCUCUGCCCCACAAACUUCACCCCACCAAAUCCGAACGACGAAAAUCAACGGCGAGAGGAGGUGUGCACCACCCAAACCCUUGACGACUUUUCCAUCUUUCAGAAGCCCGAAAGCGCUGCUGCCACCCCCCUUUCCCCUUACCGAGAGACGCACAGCUAGACCGACUUCGAUUUUCGAUUUCGACCUCAAUAGCCAAGGAAGAAAUUAUUUUCAACAUGGCUCAGGAAAUGGACUGGGUCAAGCUCGUCGAGACUUGCCCGGCCGGCGAUGGUUGGGGCCCGCCCGUCACCACCGAGACUACCUUGAACGGUGUCCCCUAUGCGCCCUUCUCCAAGGGCGACAAGCUUGGUCGCAUGGCCGACUGGACCUCCGAGGGCAAGGACAGGGACGGACGCGGCGGCAGACAGCAGUACAACCGUAACUACCGUGACCAACAAGUUUACGGUGCCGGCCACGCCAUCUCCUUCAACGCCCCUCCCGCCGAGGACGAGUCCACCUUCUCCGUCGUUAGCAACACCCGCGACAGCACCAAGACAAGAUUCGGCCGUGGCGCCGUCUUCACCCGCGGCCGCGGCCAGCGUGGAGGUCCCGCCCAGAACGCUCGCGGUGGCCGGACGACUACCACCCGUGGUGGCCAGCAAGGCGGCCGCGGAGGCUACGGAGGAGGCUUCGAACGGGGCGGAAGAGGCGGUGGCCGUGGCGGCCGCCGCUUCGGCUGGAAGGACUACGACAAGCCCGCCCGCAACCGCGACGCUUCUGUUAACAUCAAGGCCGACUGGAAGCUGCUCGAGGAGAUUGACUACAACCGCCUCGCCAAGCUCAACCUGGAUGCCGACGAGGGCGAGGAGAUUGACGCCUACGGCUUCGUCUACAACUACGACCGUUCCUACGACAAGCCCGCCGUCAAGGGCUUCGAGCGCAAGCUCAACGCCAUCGACCGCGCUGCGUACAAUGUCACGACUUCUUCCGAUCCUGUGAUCCAGGAGCUCGCCGACAAGGACGAGGCCUCCAUCUUCGCCACCGACAGCAUCCUCUCCAUGCUCAUGUGCUCCCCGCGGUCCGUCUACCCCUGGGACAUUGUCAUCUCGGUGCAGGGCAACAAGGUCUUCUUCGACAAGCGCGAUAACGCCGCGCUCGACAUGGUCACCGUCAACGAGAACGCCGCCGACUCCCCCAUGGACGCCUCGGACGGCUCCAAGGACAGCCUCAACAUGCCAGGCGCCCUCGCCGAGGAGGCCACUUACAUCAACCACAACUUUGCCAACCAGGUCGUCGUCGAGAGCGAGGGCCAAAAGGUCGAGAUGGCCAACGCCAACCCCUUCUACAACGCCUCCGAGGACACGGACCCGCCGGCCAGCAAGGCCUACAAGUACCGCAAGUUCGACCUCUCCACCAACAGCGAGGAGGACAACUUCUACCUCGUCGUCCGUACCGAGGUCGACGCCGUCCAGAAGAACGCCAUCAGCGGCGACGACCAGCUCGUCACCCUGCACGCGCUCAACGAGUUCGACAACAAGGCCCAGGGCAGCGGUGGCGCCCUCGACUGGCGGACGAAGCUCGUCUCCCAGCGCGGUGCCGUCGUCGCCACGGAGAUGAAGAACAACUCUUGCAAGCUCGCCAGGUGGACGGUACAGAGCAUCCUCGCCCGCGCCGACGUCAUGAAGCUUGGUUUCGUCUCCCGUGCCAACCCCAAGUCCAACGACAAGCACGUCAUCCUCGGCGUCGUCGGCUGGAAGCCGCGCGACUUUGCCAACCAGAUGAACUUGUCCCUGUCCAACGGUUGGGGUAUCGUCCGCACCAUUGCCGACAUGUGUCUCAGACGCGAGCAGGACGGCAAGUACAUCCUCGUCAAGGACCCCAACAAGUCCAUUCUCCGCCUGUACGAGCUCCCCUCUGGCGGCCUCGACGGUGACGACGAGGCGGAGGAGGUGCCUGAGGCGGGUGAGGGUGAUGAGGAGUAAGCGGUUACUCCACGCGAAGAGCAAGGGCUCGUUUUGCUCGAAAUGAACAUGAGCAACCACAUUACACACACACACAAUCCUCCAUCUUCAGUGACUUUAUCUGAAGAUUUGAACACAAACUCGAAGCAUUUAGCUGAGAGCAAGGGGGUGAAACCAGAGAGAGAGAG